AUGCAAGAGCAACUCGAAGAUCCGGUUCUUCCCAUCCGACUAGAUGAUGAUUACGAGACACUUGCACUUCCUGACAUAGACGACGAGUUACUUGAUGAUUCGUCACACUUUCGUAGGUGCUUUUCUGGAUCCGGAGGAUUGUUAGCGGGUUCUUCUAGAAUACCGCCACCACCGCCACCACCACCUUCUCGUCUUCCGGAACCGGUGGAUGCACCCCCACUAUUCCCAGAGAUUGAUAUUACUUUGGAGGAGGUAGAGGAAAUUUUAAAUUCCUUCGAGACUCGCGAGGUCCCGCUUAUUGAUCCCAAACUUGACGGGGCGUUAUGGUUCGGGGUUAACGAUAAAGAGUUGAGGAAAAAAUUUACGGCAAUAAUAACGUCUAAUUUUCCUCAACUCUACUACUGUUGGACGGGGGUACCGGACCACAUCAAACGUUAUUGGUGGCACUCGUUCAUCUACACCGAUAAAGUUUACAAAGAGUUCAACCAACUCGGUAUGCAGCGGUUGAAACAAAUGAUGAACAAUGCCAAACGCCGUCAUGAGCUGCAUGGACUGCCACCGGAGUGGGCAACAAAUGACUUGUACCAGCACCUUAUUGCGCAUUGGAACUCAGAGCAUUUCAAGAACAAGAGUUCUAAGGCGAAACAAAGUCGUCUGGCCCAAAAAAUCGAGGGUGAUGGUCCUUAUCGUCAUACCUCCGGUGCUAAAUCAUUCAAGAAGAGGCAAAAAGAGAUGGAGAAAGAAAUGGGGAGAACGCCAUCAAUUGUAGAGUUGGUCGCUCAGACACACAAAAAGUCCGAUGGGUAA